CUACGAGCCAUGACUUUUGAUGGGUGUCAUGAGGCCUCCGUCGUCACUCCAACUGCUGCUGUGUCCAUAAAGCCGUUUGUGACAUCCUGUGUGCUGUCCGGGAGCUGCAGACGCGCUUCAUCCUCUGAAGGCUAUUUUGUCUGAAGGCGACGCCAUCGCUCACAAUUGCAGAUGGUGUUUCAGCUGGUGCACUCAUCAGCUGGUUUCGGCUUUACCGGUGUCUGAUGGCGUCCGUGCUGUCAUCCGACGUGCUCACUCUGUCGAAGAGGCUCUUGGGGACGGCUCUCACCGACGAGCAAUUGGCGGCUGUUCAACUCGUUAUGCGGCAAGCGGCAUGACGGUGCAGUAUGUGGGAACCGCCGGUGCUCAUCUUACGGUAUAGACACACACGCACACACAGGCAGGUAGGAAGGGAGGAGGCCAGACAUCGAUGUGUGCCGACCUGUCUGUGUGUGUGUGCAGGCCAGAAACGGAGGAGUUGGUUGUGUGGCGGUCGGUCGGUCUGUCUGUCAGGUUGGCUCAGGUCGAUGAUCAAGUGUGUUGUUCAAAGCAACCUCAGACGGUUGAUGCUUUUCACUUCUUGAAUGUCUUGUGGAUGUGCAGACAGACAGACAGACAGACGAAUGUACACGGCCGUUCACACUCACUCACACACGGGCACUCACGGCAGUCCGAUCACCCCCACCCGCCCCACCGCCCGCCCAUUCACCAGCCGGUCCAUCCAUCCAGCCGUCCAUCGACACGAUGUCCGACUCAUUCACAUGAUCGUCUGUGUGUGUGUGUGUCUGUCUGUCAGGUCUGAAGGUGCGGAGUGAGCAUGAGGACGGCUGCAGUGUGUGCCUGGGAGAAAGUAAACCAGGCCAUCGCGAAUACGUCCGUACACACGCACACACGCCACCAUCCGUUCAUUUGAAUGUUGCUGUCUCGCCCACACACACAGGCGUCCAAGACGAUCUCCAAGGGCUCCAAGCCCGACCGUCUGCUCAUCAAGGGCUAUCAGCCUCCCCGGCCUCCAGGCAAUUGUGACAUACAACACAACACAACACACUGACAGACGUCUGUGCGUGGUGUGUGUGGCUGCAUGCAGGGCAAAUUCAAGGCUGUGCUGGGGUCGUGAUAGGUGCUGGGGUGGUGUGAGCGUGUUCCUCUUUCGGUGUUAUGCGUGAAAUCGUGUUCGUGUUGGCCGUUGUGUGAUCGGGGAGAUUUGGUCUGCAAGAUGAUGAUGAAUUGGCCUUCAUUGCAAAGACAAUUGACGUGCAGCACGUGUAGACGAGUCCAAUUCACUUCGAUGACAUGAAACAACACACAUGUAGAC